CACUUGGAACUGAAGAUCUGAGUUGGAAAAUGUUUCAUUUAUGUUCUUUUGUUUACACGCGGAUGUAAAUCCUUGAAGUGGAGAUUUAAUUUCUGUUUGUGUCAAUUUCUUCAUAAUCCGUGCAAGGAUCAUGUUAGAAGUGACGGGGUGGAAGUAAUAAGCUACCAGGUUCCCUCUGAAACUCUUUAUUCUUGCAUUGGUGUUCACAGAAUGUGCUCUGAGGAACUGCUGUAUGCACAAGUAGGACUUGAUCUACAAUUUCUGGUAGACAUCUGACCUCUAAAAAGAGGUAUUCCCAGUCUGUGGAGAAUUGGUGUAUUUCAUGACCUACAGUGUGAAAAGGAAUAUAGUUAACAAAAGAGAAUUUAGUAUACUAUUAGCAACAAUGAACAUUUAAUUUUUCUUCAGUUUAGAUGUAAAGUGUGAUUCGGCUGCAGGGUAGGGCUUAAGUCUGCCUGUCUCCAUUUGCAGUACAGCCAGGCUUUGAUCAGUGGGUGCUUUUCCCUGGGUGGCAGAAUUUAUGCUAUGAACAAAAAAUGUGCAGAGGACAGUAAACAGAGAUCUUCAGCGUCUAUGAAAGAUUUAUGUUUUUCAGCUUAGAAAAUGUGACAGCUGAAUCAGAGAUGGGGCAGGCAAUCAUUAAAUCAUGGAAAAUAUGGGGAGAGGCAGUAGAGAAUAGUUAUUCCUGGUUUGUCAUAGCACAAGGACUAGGUGCUGUAAAUGAAACAGGCGGCUCAUUUAAAACAAAGGGAGGGAAGUACUUCCAAAAGGUAUGUAGUUGUACUUCGGAAUUUAUUGCCAUGGGAUGCUUUGAUUACCAGAACUGUAGUUUUGUUCAAAAUGUGACAGCCCAUGGGUGGUUCAGUUAGCCAGCCCAUGGUCGGGCAGUUAAACUCCAAGAGCUGUACGCUGCCACUGACAGAAAGUCACUGAAGUGAUGGAGGGAGGAAUAAAUGUAUAUGGGAAGAGCUAUCCCUAUGGGUUGGAGUGUUCUUGUAUUCCCGAAACAUCUCUUUUCUGGGCUCUUUUGGAGAAAAGAAAGCUUCCUGACUCCUGCUUCAUAACCCAGCUCAGAACCAUCUCCCAGCCAAAGGGUGUUUCAUUGUUGAGAGAGAAGAAGCCUGACAGGGCCAAAAAAGUGGAAUAUAUGCUGCACUCAUCCAUUAAGGGAGAGUAUUGAAAGACGUGUUCAAAUAGAAUCAUAGAAUCGCCAAGGUUGGAAAAGACCUGCAAGAUCAUCCAGUCCAACCGUCCACCUAUCACCAAUAGUUCUCACUAAACCAUGUCCCUCAACACAACGUCUAAACGUUCAAGUACUUCUGUCCUGUCAAUCCAAAGGGACAGUAAAUAACACAACUAAAAUCCUGCAAACCCUACGAAGCACAAUGGGCCAACACCUGUGUUUCCUUGUAUUGCUCUCUGUGCUUUUCAUAGAAUGUUUGCAAGUGCUGAGGGAAAUCUGUACAUCCCAGUGAAUGGCUGUUAAACAGAAGGGUCAUCUACUGCUACAACUACUGAAAUGUAUGGGGUAGUUCUUGAUAUGAGAGUGUUUUUCAUAUUGGUGUUUUUAUUUUCUUACUAGUAUUUGUUAGUGGUUUCUUUUCCUCAGUAGUGUUUUUUUUCCUUAUGUCUUGUGCCCUCAUUUCCAGCUUAUCUGAGCGCUAAUUCGAUAAUGACCUAUCUGCCUAAAAUACGAUUAAGGUUACACAAAGGAUUUUCUGAGUGACCUUAUGAAAAAGCACGUGGGGCCUUUGAUGGCGAGGAGCUAGAAUGUGAGCUCCCACACACAAAAGGAGUACAAUUUCUGCUUUCCCUGGUGAAUUGCUUUCUGUUUGGAGGGGAAUAGUAGUAAGGCAAGUUUUCAUCUGCCUUCAUUUAUAUGGAUAGCUUACUGAAAUGGCAUCCAGCAGUUCUUGGAAGUGCCCUGUACAGUAGGAGAAGCACAGUAAGGGGGAACAACUGCAAUAAACUACUUAUACAGCCUUUAUGUUGAAUAGUGAAUCUGUUUUGAAGGACAGCAUGCAAACAUUAUAUGGUUUGAAUAUGGUAUUUGAUGUUUUCUAGUAGGCUUUAUCAGUAACCACAUAGAUUAGUUGCUGCAAUGGAUUUAGGAUUGUGUGUCUGCUCUGUUCUGAAAGGGAGAGUUACCAGCCGAAAAAAGGGCAGCCAGUCUCGGUCUUCACUUGGUGUUUAGCCCAGCUGUACCAGCUCAUAAAUCUCUGAAGAAACCUCUGAUGAGAUUUCAGAUAGAGAAACUGGCACUUGCUCCUAGAACACAACACUUACUUGUAUGGUUAUUACCCAGGGCUGCCUCAGCUGCCAGGGAUUUAUUGCUGUCAGGAAAGUGAGAAUUUUUUCUGCCUGUAGUGCUUUUCUGUUGAUUUGUGAGCGGGAAAAGAAGGAAACAGAAGAAUUGCCAACUUUAAUUUGUCAAGUAAAGUCUCGUGCACUACACUAUAGGCGAUAUAUAGAGUGAAUAAAUCUCCCCACCUACAGGCAUUCAUACUGCUACUUGUGACUGCACUUUCAGUGUAUUCAACAAUGUCUUUUGGGCAGAUAAAUGCAGAGGCAGAGAGUGCACAUGGUCUCUAUUGUUCUUCUAAUUGGAUGAAAACUAUCCAUUAGGUCAGAUUAGAAAUCACUUCCCAUGUUCUGUUUUAUUCCUGCAUUGACUUGAAGGAGAGGAGUGAUGGGGGCUUUGAGGAAUGCAAACUCUGUGCCCAGAAGCUAAAGCUGAUUUCUUCUUGGAGAGCAGCACUGCAGAGGUGGGAAGGUGGGAAGGAUAUCUGAAGGGAAAUAGGCUGCAAGAGGAGCAGGGACAGCUUGGUGCUGUCCUGACAUGAAUGGCUGGUACUGGAAAUGGAUGGCUACCUGUCCUGCACACUGUGCAAUGAAAAAAUCUAGUGACUAUUUAGGGAAGUGUAUUAUGAAAAAGGCUGUGAAACGCUAUAUGAGCAUCCGUGGCAACGAUGAGGAGGCCAGAGGUGAGGGUUGCCUGAUUCUUUUUGAAUCCUGGGAAUGUUUCCUUAUCUAGGGUGACACUCAAGGCUGAGGCCCUAGCAAAUGAACAAGUAUUUCUGAGAUGGUGGAAGUGAGAUGUCCUUUCAGCUGCUUGCACGGUGACAGGCUUCCAGUUCUACAGCAAAACUGGACAAAAAUUAACGAUUUUCAAUUGAUUUUAAUUAUAUAUUACCAUAUUUCACAGAAUCACAGAAUUGUAGGGGUUGGAAGGGACCUCUGGAGAUCACCUAGUCCAGCCUCCCAGUAUUUAAUUAUUAAUGCUUAGUACCAAGUCAUGUGGAGAGACGUGUGUGGAGAGCUCUGCACUCUUACUCAAGAAAUUUGAGCCUUAGAGGAAGAGAACAGUGCAGCAUUUGGAUUUUGCAGUUGAAGGUAUGGCGUAUAUGUCAACAUGGCUUUUGUGAAGCUGUGGAAAGGAGCUCUUUCUGUUUGUGUUGUCCCUCCCUUUGAAACAAGAGCAAAUCACUCCUCUCUCACUGCAGCAGAAAGCUGGCUGGGGCUGUUCAGGUAACAAAUUGUGCCAAGUGCUGCUCGUGGGUAAUAGUUCUCAUCUACUAAAAACUUCUUGCUGCUUUCAGCUGCCUGGAUUAGAGGUGAUGAUUGGAAGCAAAUGCCAUUUUUACACUGGGUCAGACUGGAGGGGUCAGCAAUUUAUUAAGCCUAGUUAAUUUAAAGCAUUUCAGAAUGAACGAAUGACUCUUAAUUCGUUUUGUGAUUGAAUCUGCGUAAGGAAUUUAAACAUGCUUUGUGAGUACCCUUAGAAAAAUAAAGCCUUUAUCUCUUCACCGUGCUUGCUUUUGCAGAGUUCACAUCUCCUGGGUGUGUCAUCCAAGUUAACCUUUAAGACAACGCUGUAAAAUGCGUGUAGAUAUAUUCUGUCACGUGUAUUAAUGUUUUCCUAAAAGGUACCAGUGCCAAGCUCUCAGCUCACUCUUUGGUGGCAAAUUGUAGGAGCAAUGCAAACAGAAAACCUUGUCUCAGAAAUGGGAUUAUUGUUUUAUCCAUUAGUGGUUGCAUCUCUAGUAGAAAUAAAUCUAUCCAAAAGGAAAAUCAGGAAGCCAUAUUUCAACUAUCCGUUGCUUUAGAGUGAAGUAGUGUGAGACUUAAGAGAAUAAGCUGGGGGAAAAUGCACAGUUUGAGCUCAUCUGAUGAAAACAACAUAUUCAAGGCUGUUUGCUCGAGAUGUUAUGUCAGCCUGUGUAGGGCAAGGCAGAAUAAUGGCAAUUACUCAAAUACUACAUUGGUUUUCAGCGACUGCAAGGAUCGGCAUCAGUGAUGUGGAAGAGGGGAUUCUGUGCAACAAAGCAUUUUUCUGAAGUGUAAUUAGUGACACUGUGAUUAAUUUUCUGUUCAAAACUAGUUAUGUUACAGUGCUAGCGAUGUUAUGCAUGAUGUAUGACGUUGAGCUGCAGUGCAGGUUUGUGGGCAAUACAAUUUCAGGCCUUAAUUGGAUAGCUGUUCCUAUUGUAUUCUGUACUGACUGACAGCAAUUGGAAUUUCCCUCUUUCCCUGCCUCCAGCACGUUUGCAAUGAAAAUUGGUCCUUUUAAGAGAUGGAAAGAUCAUGUAGGCCAUGGUGGUACAACUUGCAAAAGACUUCUGCUUUUAAAGUUACAUUUUUUCAGUAAAGAGUUUCUUAAAAAUGGAAAGUCUUAGAUGUUGAAAUGUAUCCAGGUGCUUUUGACGUGUUGUUUAAAUGGGAUGCAGUGCUGAUUGACAGCAGUGUGCUGCAAGGAGAACACAAACAUCACCUGGGGAGAAAUGGUGCCAGUUCGUUUUCUCAGCUGCUGUAGUUUGUGUAGGGACAGACAUCUCCUUGCUGCAGACACUGUAUGGAUAAACAGAAGUUUCUUUGCGGCCUCAGAGUUUUACUUCUCACGUACCAUAUUCAGCAUGCUGCUGUUCUAUCACACACUGGUUGGAGCCUUUCUUCCGCUCUUCAUCCUUUCAGGGAAUUGGGUUUCAGCUAAGAACAUCAACUUUUACAAUGUGAGACCUCCACUAGACCUUUUAAGUGCUUUACCUGUGAUAAUGCGGUGGACAAUUACAACUGUAACAGAUGGGCUGAAGAUCGGUGGUGUCCUGAAAACCAUGGGAAGAGUACAUCGGUUACCAAAAAGUGUGCUACGGGAGAGGAGUGCCAUUUUGUGGGCUGCCAUCAUCACAGGGAAAGUGGUCACACAGAAUGUGUGUCUUGCUGUGAAGGCAUGAUUUGCAACGUGGAGAUCCC